AUGGCUUUAAUUAUUUCAGGCUUGUUUUACUUCUGCAUAUUUGUUUUGGUUGUAUGUUUUACUCACCCAAUUGUGUGUAUUAGCAGACCUCAAGCUGCCCUUUUCGUGUUCGGCGAUUCACUGUUUGAUCCUGGGAAUAAUAACUACAUCAAUACCACCACUGAAUUCCAAGCAAAUUGGCGGCCAUAUGGAGAAUCAUUCUUCAACUACCCUACCGGCAGGUUCAGCGAUGGACGCCUUAUCCCUGAUUUUAUUGCUGAAUUUGCUAAUUUGCCAUUGAUUCCAUCAUAUUUUCACAUUGGCAAACAACACUUUGUUCAUGGGGUGAACUUUGCAUCAGGCGCUGCUGGUUGCUUGGCCGAAACCCAUCGUGGUUUUGUAAGUGACAUUUCCUUUUUGCUUUAG